AUGAACCCUCCAAACCCCCACCAACCGCAAUUUUCAUCGCUCCCAUAUGGUGCCACUCCGCCGGGCACCCACGCCCAUAACGCUUCGCUGCGUGCCUUCAGUAAUUCAUACUCGACGUCCAACUCACCCACCAACGCGACCUUCCAGCAAGCUGCCGCCUAUCUAGAAGGCAAUUACGAUGACGACGGAGACGAUCGCGCAAACGACCACGACCAUGACCAUGACCAUGAUCAUGACCACGACCAGGGCCAGGGUGAUCCCAAACGGCGCCGUAUAGCACGCGCCUGCGACAUGUGCCGAAAGAAGAAGAUCAAAUGCGAUGGCAAGAUGCCCAAAUGCUCACACUGUCAAAACUACAAGACCGAGUGCAUCUUCACUCAGGUCGAGAAGAAGCGUCAACCUCCGAAAGGCGCAAAGUACAUCGAGGGCUUGGAGAACAGACUUGCGCGUAUGGAGGGCUUGCUCAAGAUGUCAGGCCUGCUAGGAGAAGACGAUGGCGGCAAGACCGAUCUCGGCACGCUGGAGAAGCGGUUGGCAGAUAGACAGGCUGCCGGCUCGUCAUUCGCAUCGCCAGCCUCACCGCACAUCGCUGGUGACGGUUCAACCUCUGCUCACCCAACCCCACCCACUGGACUUACCAGUCCUCAGUCUGGUGCGCCGCUGCAAGAUGGCCUAGCGCGGUCUCAAGACAAGGCCGCGGAGGGUCUGGCAGACCAGAUGUGCUCACUAGUCACGAAUAAUGCUGGAGAAACGCGAUACAUCGGGUCAUCGUCUGGCUUUUCUAUCUUCUCACCAAAAGGGAUCCAAUGGGUUAAUGAGAAGACCGGAGACUCCUCUUUCCGUGACAUGAUAUCCCAGGCAGCUAGUGAUGACAGAGCGUGGGCUGCCUGGAAGCCCGAAAUCUUUGACGAUAUCUUCUCGCGCAAAAUCUACAAGCCUCUACCGCCCAAACCCGAAGCUCUCGCCUUACUGAAGGACUUCUUCGAAAACUUCAACUGUGUGUUUCCAUUGUUUCAUGAACCAACCUUUAUGCACCUGGUCGAUAAACACUACUCGCUCGACCCGUACGAAGGCUCUGGAUGGUGGGCCAGCUUGAACGUUGCGCUCGCGAUUUCUCACAGGCUUCGUAUCAUAGGUGAAGACGACGCCCGCAUUGAAGACACGAAAGCUUGGGGCUACCUGAAAAAUGCCCUGGCUGUCUUCUCAGAGCUGACCAUGCGCAACAAUGACCUGCUCAGCGUGCAGGCUCUACUAGGCAUGGCACUCUUUAUGCAAGGUACACCCAAUCCACAGCCAGGCUUCUUCCUUGUAGCCGCAGCGCUUCGCCUAGCACACAGUAUCGGUCUGCACAAACGAGGAUCUGAUUUUAAUCUCAAUGAGAUUGAAUCCGAACAAAGGAAACGUGUGUUUUGGAUUGGUUAUCUGAUGGACAAGGACAUUUGUCUUCGUUCAGGAAGACCUCCUAUUCAAGAUGACGAUGACAUGAACGUCGAGCUUCCAAGCGAAAAUCCAUCAGACAACAUUGGUGUUGUACCAAUAGAGAGCGGCAAAGGUAAGGUCAAUCUAUUCCGGAUACAAUGUGUUUUCGCCAUGAUCCAGUCAAAGGUCUACAAAUUACUUUACUCGGUCAAAGCCGCUCGUCAAACAGAUGGCGAACUAUUGAACACUAUUGGAGACCUCGACCAGGAACUAGAAGAGUGGAAAGAUUCCAUUCCUCUCGAAUUCCGCCCUGAACAUGAGAUCAAAAUGGUCAGCCAGUCGCCACUCAUGCUGCAUAUUGUCGUUAUGCACUUUGCCUACUACAACUGUCUAACAACCAUUCAUCGAAUGUCGGUUCAUCAUGGGUACUGGACAUCACGGCUUUCUAAUUAUGCCAUUGCUGGUCUGAACGCGCGCCCACUCAAUCCACGCGUGUUCAUGUCAGCAGCCUUGUGUGUAAAUGCUGCACGAACAUCCAUCUCGCUCGUCAAAUUUAUUCCUAGUCAGGACCAUGCUUGCGUGUGGCUUUUGUUAUAUUAUCCCGUGUCUGCGCUCGUCACCCUGUUUGCCAACAUUUUGCAAAACCCGCAGGAUGCUAGAGCUCGAUCUGACCUCAAGCUUAUGAACUCCAUGACCGAAUUCCUGCAAAUGUUGUGCGAGGAAGACGGUAACAUUCAUUGUCGAAGGAUGGCGUCAAUCUGCAAAGAGUUUGAACGUAUCGCUAGGGUAGUCCUUGACAAGGCUGAGAGGGACAUGAAAGGCCGAGGCAAGAGAAAGAAUCGAGAAAGUGACUCGACCGCCCAGCCCAAUUUACCCUCGCAGUCUGAGCGUCGCUCGACAUCUCAGCCGGCGCAAGCUCAGCAUACACCAAGCUUGCCUACUUCGACGCUACCAAACGGACGAACAACAACGGCAUCUCCAUCUGUCCGUCUGAACGGGCAAACGCAACAUCAAGUCUUUCACCCUCCACGUAUGGGACAAAUACCUUUUACAGCACCAUCAAACGCAUCCCCCUACCAAGCAACGAGCAGUAUGGCACCAGAGCCCUGGAUGCAGACCGUCCCACCUGCACCAGAAACUCUGUUCUCUCAGCCCGACGGCCGGUUUCCACAAACAACGUUUCCGCCAGAGAACAACUUUGACAUGCAAGGCUAUAGCCUGGGACCCAUGGCUGGAGACUUAGGUGGCAGUUUCCAGCAGCCGUUUGUGCCACAGGACCUUUGGCAGAUGCCCAUGACGCUGGAAUGGGACUGGGCUGAUUUCUUUGGCACGGGGCCGGGGUUUGACCUCAACAACCCUACUGGAGGUGGGCCUCAGUAA